AUGACCCAGCCAACUACCAACACCCAACCCUCCAGAAUGGACAUCAAUAGAAUGCUCAAUCCUUCAGCAGGUAACAGGGACAGCAGUGCUGGUUUCUUUUCUGGGGCCGGGGUAGAGGAUAAGAACAAUGACGAGGAGAAGGACCAGGGUGGCGAUGUGGCUCAUCGAAUGGACUUGAGUUCGAUCCUUAAUCCCUCGAACAGUCAUUUGAACAGCACUUCUAAGGACGAGGAAGUUAACCCGACUGUCAAAGAUAAGCAAAUAUCGAGAGACUCAUCGAUGGACUGGAACCUCGACGAAUGCAAGCUGCCCCCUCCGAAGAUGGAAAUGCUUCAGCAGCCAAACGAUCACGGUUGUUAUGGCUCUGGAGAAUGUUCCAAAGAAAGUUCCAACGCAUUACUUCUUUCAGUUACACCUCAAGACUUCCAUCUCAGGAAGACUACUCCAGACCCUCGAAGACCGAGAAGAAGCCCUAGCCAAAGCGAGCCUCGCGGUAUUCAAAAGCGCCAUCGAGACUUACCGACGAGGAGCAAUCUCCCCCAAGUUCGUCCGAACGGAGGUAUGAAUUCGGAAGAGGUCCGACUAAACACUCGAACUUCGCCAGACCGGCGCCGCUCUUGUCCCAAUAGAGAGUUAGGAGCAUCCUCGGCGGACGCGGGUCAACACUUCAAACAGCCUAAACCACACAAACCUCCUCAUUCAAAUAAAGCGUACACCCCUGAACAGAUUGACUGGAUCCGUUAUUUGAAGGAAGACUGCAAGCACAAAUGGAAAGAGCUCCCAUCGCUGUUUGCAUUGCAAUUCCCCGGUGUUUAUGGCUAUGAUUCUAGGACAUCCGAUCAAUGCUUCUCCUCACGGGGUUACAGGGACAACAGGAGACCACUGACCGAUAAGGACUGGAACCCUAUCCUGAAUGAGAACGGAAAGGUUACAUGGGUAGAGGCCUUAGUCCGGGAGAGGAGCACGUCCGAAGGAAUGGAGUUAGACUACCCAUUUACCCUCGUCGAGUUACACCCCGAGCGUGCGGUCCAAUACGAGUGGGUCAGCGAGGAACAUAAAGCUAUGGCCAGAAGAAUUUUGAUAUCACCGCCUCUGGUAGGAAGUAAGUACCCAGGCUUACCAUCUAUGACCCUCAAUAAAGAAUGCUGA